GCGCGGCCAUGGAGGUGUCCAUCCCGUCCUUUCGCUACGAGGAGAGCGACCUGGAGCGCGGAUACACGGUGUUUAAAAUAGAAGUGCUAAUGAAUGGAAGAAAACAUUUUGUUGAGAAGAGGUAUAGCGAGUUUCAUGCCUUGCACAAAAAGCUUAAGAAAUGUAUAAAAACUCCAGAAAUCCCUUCUAAGCAUGUCAGGAACUGGGUCCCAAAAGUAUUGGAACAACGGCGGCAAGGUUUAGAAAUGUAUCUACAGGCUGUCAUUUUAGAAAAUGAAGAACUUCCAAAACUGUUUCUUGAUUUCCUAAAUGUGAGACACUUGCCUUCUCUACCAAAGGCAGAAAGUUGUGGAUCCUUUGAUGAGACAGAAUCUGAGGAGUCAAGCAGACUGUCCCACCAGCCGGUGCUGUUGUUCCUCAGGGAUCCAUACGUCUUGCCUGCAGCCAGCGAUUUUCCAAAUGUGGUCAUUGAAGGCGUGCUCCAUGGGAUAUUUUACCCUCAGCUGCAGCCCAGGUAGAGGUCCUGCGCAGCUGGAAGGAGUGGAAGCAAGUUUCACUGCCGUCCUCAAGGAAAUCAAUAUCCACCAAAUUAAUCUAAACUCUAUGACAUAACAACUCUUGCCAGUGAUCAAAUUCAUGGUCCCAGCUUAAUUCAGGGCAGGGGCAUUUCCAUUAGAAUGGUGCUUUUAAAAGUAGAAACUGAACUGGGGUGGUGAUCAGGAUAAACCAACUGUGUGAGCAGAGCACAGACACCAAUUUAGAAACCCGCUAGGAGGCAGCCGUGGCGGACUGCUGGGAACCCGGAGCAUAGCACAACCGGUUACUCUCUGCUUGAGGCACCAUUUACUCACUGGACAUCACAUCUUUCAUUAUUCUGAGAUUCAGCAACUUGGCUGACUGCUUGUUCAGAUCCCUUACCAUGCUGAUCUUUUCACCCUGAGGUUUUUCUCAGCCAGAGAUGGUACUUUGCAAAGUACUGUCAGCCAGAAGUGUGUCACAGAAACGGUGUGCUAACUACAAGUGAGAAACCAGAGCUGGAAAGAUAACUCAACAGCACAAGCGCCUGCCUGGCUGGCAAACUUAGAUCCUGAGUUCAAGUUCGAUCCCCAGUACCAAAAAAAACCAGGACAUUCAACUAUGCUGACAUCAUUAUGGCAUUUGCAAAUCAUGGCGUUUUAAUUACCUCACAGUGGAGUUUAGUUACACCUCGCAUUAGUGCCUAAUAUCCAUGCAAAGAUGAAAUGGGGACCAGGAGGAUCUAGCCUUCAAGGGAUGCUACAUGAGAAGUCUGGGCACCUCACGACAAGAUUUUCCUGUGGCGUCAGAAGCCCUGUCGUUCCUUUGAAGGCCAGUGACACUGCUUGUGGUUUUUAGAGGCCACGUUGUAUAAAAAGCACCUCCUUUUAAAAACUAGACUCACACUUAGUCCUGAGACAUUCGCAUGGCAGAUGAAGCAUCAGAGAAGGCGCAGGCCGGGCGCUGGGGUUUCAUGCGGUGCACGCUGCUGUUCUCUUCUUUGAGUUCCUUCGUCCUGGCCUCAUGCUUGAGUUAAUGUAAUUUACAUGUGCACAGGACUCCACUGGAUGUCAUGGCCACAUUCAUCGUUCUUAGUAGUGAAGGGUGAGAGCGUAUAUGCUACCUACAUGUGUGUGCUGGGUGGGGGCUUUCUCGGAGCACUAAUUAAUAGCUAGCCUAUUUAUGAUGAAUAAUUUUAACAUGUUUGUGUGGAAGAAAAUAUUUAAAUUUGUAACUAAUAAGUCAUGCUUUCUGAAUAGGAUCUGAAUAUACAGGUUUAAAGCCUGCUGCAAACUUUUAACGAUUAUGUUUUGUGAUGGAUUAUGUUAUUACAUGUUAGAAAUAAGCAAGAACUAAGUAAUGAGGCAUUCUCAACCAAUUAUAACUGAAUAUUCAAUAUUAGAAAUAUUUUUAAAUGUUUUUAUGUACCUUACAGCUAUUUUGAGUUAAAUAAAAACAAGCAACAGGAAAUACUGGAAUUUUUCUCCUAGAAAUGUGAUGGAACCAGGACUGCAUCUCCACAUGUGCACACAAGUGUGAAACUUCUCACAUCUUCGCACAGACAUUCAUUUCUAGUCUCAUAGGGUGUUGCGUUAACUCAUCUGUCUUGUAAUUCAUCUAUUAUUAAGCCAACAGAUAUUUAUUAAAUACUCAAUGAUGU